CACCUACUUCUGCAUUUGUGAUUAAACAAAUGAUAAUGGCUCUCUGUUUUGCUAUAAAUACCAUGUGACCAUGUGUCUCCUUAUGAGAAUUCCAGAUUUUUCCCUUUGUUCACACAUUCAACAUGCUGGUGCAAAAGCGAAGCUGGAUCAUUUCCCUGCUGUUACUGUGUCAAUGUGGUGUAGAAGCAGAAAAAAUAGAGAUCUGUGAAGGAGAAUCUGCGGACCUCAACUGUGAUGAGGGAUACAUAAAGAUUGUUCAAGCCAACUAUGGGCGGACUGAUCGCACAACAUGCGCUGCUGGGAAAACAGAGAAUUCUAUCUCAAAUACGCGCUGCCUUCAAGCAUCAUCCCUCAGCAGUAUGUCUGCUUGGUGUGACGGAAGAAAGAGCUGUAUUGUUCCUGCAACAGACUCCGUUUUCACUGAUCCUUGUGAUGGGACUUACAAAUACCUGAGUGUGUCUUAUGAAUGUAUCCCAGCAAGAAAAAAAGUAACCUGUGACAAUACCCAAAGCAACAUUACUUGUGGCACUGGUGUUAUUUCUGUUCAUUAUGCCAAUUACGGACGGCGGGAUCUUGUAACCUGUCCUGGUAAAUUAGUAACAACAAGAUACUGUUACUCUCCUCAGACAAGCAGCCUGCGUUCCAGGUGCAAUGGGAAGAAGUCUUGUGAAUUAAAUGCUUCAAACUCUAUCUACUCUGAUCCAUGUUAUGGUGUCCAGAAGUACCUGGAAGUGACAUACAGCUGUGAAUAAUUGUGUCACUUUUCUGCCAGUUCCAUAUGCUUUGUGCGUGCUUUAAGCAAAUACAGUCUCUAUUAUAAAUGGCAAUAAUCUUGUUUUUGGUCUCUUCAUUCACUCCCCACUGAGGAAAAAAAAAAAGAUAAAUUAAAAAAAUACAUAUUAUGGAAUUAUUAAUUUGGAAAUAAACAUAUUAAUUUGGAAAUCUUUAAUGAUCAUGUAUCAGCAAAUAAGAAUGAAAAGUAAUAUGCGCAGAUGCUUCACAAUGCAAA